AUGGAAGUUGUACAGUCGGACCAAGACCCAGUUGCCGAACCAAGAGCGGAUGGAGAACCUGACCUGGCGGAUGAUGGCAGUCAGUCUGCGAAAGGAAAAGGAGAGAGAACAGGCGCAGGCAAGGCACAAAGUGAGGAGGCUCAACGAUCGCAGGACAACAAUACCGCUUCUUCGGCUGAGCCCAUGAACCUCGACCCUUUCGUGGCCCCGUCCUCCUCUUCUAUCAGUUCGCCUGCUGGGUUCUCGCCCUCGAUGAGUGACGAUCCCUCCUCCCAGCAUGCUGUUGCUUCGGCAAUUCCUAUCAGGAAUGCAAAAGACGAGCUCCAGUCACCCAUGGGCAUAGUUAUGCCUGCUUCCCUGCCUCAUCAUCCGCAUGUUGGAACCCAGACCAGUGAGUUCGGCUACGUCCAGCGCCGAGUGAGGAAGACAAGUGUGGAUGAACGGAGUGCUCGAAAACGACCGGCUGACUCGUCACCACAUGUCCCUCCUGUACAUGGACUGAUUAUCUCUCAUGAUCCAGACCCUGAUGCGGGCAUGACCGACUUCACCCUCGACCACAGCCAUGGUCACGGCCACGGCCAUAGUCACAGUUUUAGCCUGGGGAGCCAUCCACCUCAUUCAAUGCCGCUGAACCUGGAUACAUUCCAGGUUGAAGAUGCCAGCGCCCUGGAGCAUCCAUCGUUUAGUACUGGCUUUCAGCUCUCCCCCACAGAGCUGUCUCAUAUGCAGAGUGGAACGUUUUCCAAUCUAUAUUCACAUACCCCACUAGGCUCAUCGAUCAACUCCACAGACUUCUUUUCUUUGACGGCCUCAGGUUAUCAUUCUGCAGUCUCAACUCCCCACCCUGGCUUUGAAAAGGACCACUCUGCAUUCCAGCAUCCCGUAGGCUCCUUCCACUCACAUUCUCUCUCCAACCUCUCAGCUCCCUCAACAUCCCGGUACAUGUACCACCAUGCCGGCAACGAUCACUCGUUCAACAUGGCUGGAAGUAGCGGUGCAUCUUCUGUAGUCAACCCAUCCGGAUUCAGCCUGCAGCAGCAGCAGCACUUUACCCCAUCUACCUGCCAGCCGAUUACGGACUCUUCCGCUCGGCCGUCCACCAGCCUAUCAUCUGCCAAGGGGAACGUGUUCAGCUUCGGUGGAGAUUCAGAUAAUGAGGAAGAUGGUGGAAAUGCAUUCCUUGACCGCAAUAUGGAUCUUUCUGCCGACUUUAAUAUGCUCGACGACCCUUCAAUGAACUUUGGCUCCAGUAUGCAAUGGGACGGAAGCUAUACAGGUUCCAUUAACUCCAUGCCGUCCACCCACAGCCAGCCGUCAAAGCAAUCCGCUAUUGGUGCAGCCGAAUUAGACGACAGGAGCAGCGACUGGGCUCAAGUUGGAAGUUUAAACCGGACACACGGGUCAGCCGCGUCUGUAACCGAAUUGCGUAACCGCGAUCCAGAUCCCAGACGACAAAAGAUUCCCCGAACCAUAUCUACGCCAAACGCAACCCAGCUCCUUCGACAAGGAACAGACAACAACGGUUUUAAAUCACCACAUUCUCCCAGCUCCGGACCCAACAGCAACACUCCCUCCAGACCUACAAGUCCUAGUGGCACCAAGAACUCCGAUCCCGCUGGUGCAACGACAUCGUGCUCUAAUUGUUUCACGCAAACUACUCCCCUCUGGCGUCGUAACGCCGAAGGCCAAUUCUUAUGUAACGCUUGUGGCCUGUUCCUCAAACUUCACGGCGUUGUACGGCCCCUCGCUCUAAAAACGGAUGUCAUUAAGAAACGCAAUCGUGGUGGAGGAAGCAAUGUCGCGGCUGGUGCUGGGGCAAGGGCAGGCAAGAAGACUGCUCGAAAAAAUUCCACUAACCAGUCCGCUGUAUCGGCCCCCAUACCUGCCAGAGCACCACCAGCUUCAUCCCAACCGCCUACUCCAAUCUCAAGUACGCCUACCAGCACAGGCACCACCCCUACGUCGACAUCCGCUCCUUCGAGAACAGCCGUACCAAUCGCAGCAGCGCCGCCAAGGCAAACUCUCCCAGCCACGUCAUCCAGUAGCAAUAUCAUCCCAACAACAGCGUCUGGUACACCGUCACGGCUUAUCCCAGGGCGACCUCGCUGCCUCGAUAAAAGUUCAGUCUCGGGCAUGUACGCGAACGUCAGAAACCCUCCAGAAUCUGACAUGAUGCGAGAUAUAUCGAAUAGGCACAGGGUAACUCAGGCACCACAACAACCUCGUCAACCUCCAGCGGCUUUUAACCCUGCUCAUCACAGUUUAGCGGCUGGUGCGUCGAGAACUAAUAGCCAGGAGUGGGAGUGGCUGACCAUGAGCCUAUGA